AUGAAUGUAUGGAAGAUAGUAGGUGGUGUAGUCGGUGGGGUAGUGAUACUAGCCAUUGGAUUACUUAUUGGUCACUUUGGAAUCUCCAAGACACCAUCCUGGGCUAAGGAGCUUUCUAAAGAUGUUGAUGAAAAUUUCAUUCGAGAGUUCAUGAAAGAAGUAAAUAAUCGAAACAUUGAAGAAAAUCUGAGACAGCUCAGUAAGUCUCCUCACAUAGCCACAUCUAGGGGAGAUGAGGAAACUGUGAAUUUCAUCCUCAGUAGGUGGAAAGACAAAGAUUCAGGUCUUGAUGAUGCGAAGGAGGAACGAUACAAUGUGUACCUAUCAUUCCCUAAUCCAAACAGUCCCAACAACUUCACAGUUGUAACAUCCAGCGGUGACAUAAGACUGACAUCACAGCUCACUGAAGAAGGUCUACACAGUGACCAGAAUGACGCAGAAGUAGUUAAGCCAUACGCUGCUUAUGCUCCCAGUGGGAAUCCCAAGGGACUGCUGGUAUAUGCCAAUCAAGGGAAACUUAGCGAUUUUGAAACCCUCAAUAAAACCAUAUCGCUAUCUGGGACGAUUGCUAUUGUGCGCUAUGGAGGAGCCGGCAGGUCGACUAAGGCAAUAAAUGCUGCCCAAUUUGGAGUGAUUGGUGUCUUGGUGUAUACAGACCCAAAAGAUAUUAAUGAUGGUAUUUUUGAUCCUUCUAAAACAUACCCUAACUCAUGGUACAUGCCCCCAUCUGGGGUAGAGCGAGGAGCCUACACUGAUGACUUUGGAGAUCUGCUCACUCCAUAUUAUCCAGCUAAAGAUUUCACAUAUAGGAGAAAUGUGACUGAAAUUAAAGGACUUCCACCAAUCCCAACUCAACCAAUAGGAUAUGGGGAUGCUCAGAAAUUAAUUUGUCAGCUGGGUGGUGCAGAAGCAGAAGGAUCCUGGCAAGGGUCUUUGCAGUGUACGUACAGGGUGGGACCUGGUUUUCUAGCAAGCGGAGAAUACAGUGGCUGUUAUGUUCAAGUGAAUGUAGAUAACCAUGAAGAAAUUAAGCCUUCUGCAAACGUGAUGGGUAUUAUCAGAGGCAGUGUGGAGCCUGACAGGUAUAUAAUGUAUGGUAAUCAUAGAGACAGCUGGGUCCAUGGAGCAAUAGACCCCAGCAGUGGAACUGCAGUCAUGCUGGAAAUCUCUAGGGUUCUUGGAAGGAAGGUCAAACAAGGUAAAUGGCGUCCACGUAGAACAAUUAUAUUUGGAAGCUGGGGAGCAGAGGAGUUUGGUUUAAUCGGAUCUACUGAAUUUUCAGAGGAAUACUAUAGCAAACUGAGAGACAGAACAGCAACAUAUAUUAAUGUGGACAUCUCAGUAUUCGCAAAUACAUCGCUGCGGGCACAAGGGACACCUCCAGUUCAGAAUGUUAUCUUCACUGCAGCAAAACAGGUUGAAACACCUGUGAGUUCUCUGAGUGUAUAUGACAACUGGGUCAAGCACUUUAAUCGAUCCAGCACACUGUAUGGAGGAAUAAUACCCAGGCUGGGAACACUGGGGGCAGGCAGCGACUACGCCCCUUUCCUGCACUACCUGGGGAUUUCUUGCAUGGACCUUGCAUACACCUAUCACAGUAGUCAAACAUCAGCAAGAAUCUAUCCUGCUUAUCACACUGCAUUUGACACAUUUGAUUAUACGGCUAAACAUAUUGAUCCAGGAUUCACCAGUCACCAGGCGGUAGCCCGCACUGCCGGGAAUGUUCUAGUGCGACUGGCGGACAGUCUCAUCCUCCCAUUAGGACCGAGAGAUUACACAGAAACACUGGAGGACUAUUACAAUACUGCUGAAACAAGCUUUUCUACUGCACUUCAAGCCAGAGGGAUCUCUUUGGAGCCACUGAGGCAAGCUGUGGCCAGAUACAAACAGUUUUCUGAGGCACUUACCCAAACAAUAAAAGAGCUUAAGGAUACAGAAGAGACGCCUCUUAGAAUUCGGAUGAUCAAUGACCAGUUAAUGCUGCUGGAGCGGGCCUUCAUUAAUCAUUAUGCAUUCCCGGAUAAAGUUUAUUACAGUCAUGUGAUAUGGGCAUCUCGAAGUUCCCCAGUGGUCACAUUUCCAGGCCUUGCAGAUGCUUAUGCAAAGGCAAUUUCCACUCAGCUGACAGCAGACUGGGAUCUGGUCCACCAUCACAUCACUGUGGCUGCCACCGCUGUGGAUAAUGCAGCAUCAACUCUGCAGACUGCGGCCUCUAUUUAAUACAUGCCUCAAAAUAAAACAGUUUAUUUUUGUGCACUUCUAGAGCUGGUAGCCGGCCAAAUUUGAUGGAGAACAACAAAUGAAUUACACAGAUGGCAGAUAAUAUUUUAGAUCUUGAAAAUGUAAUUAACAAACAGUGGGGCAGAUGUAUUAACCUGGAGA